UUCAUUCUCUACCAGUAACUCACUGGAGUCUCGCCGAGGGAUUAGUAACCGCAAAUCCAAUAUCACAUAUCUCUCGGGUUUAAUUAAGUGUUACGAUGGUUACCGAACGCGACAGUCGAAUUGUUCUGUAACGCGUCUAAUCUGAAACGGAUUGAUUAUCAUGGAUAUAGCGGACCAGGUCAUGGAGCUUCACGUUUUCCAAUAUGAGGGCCCAGGCCCUCAUAAAUUACUCAUGGAAUACCUGCGAAACAGACAUUUUGCAGCAUUUAAAAGUCUAGCUGUGAAAGGCUUGAAGAAGAACCCACCAAAUAUAGACAUAGAUCGUGUAUAUCCUUAUCCUCUAGAUAAAACAGUAUUGGAUAUUGCUUGUUCCAAUGGACUUGUUGAAUUUGUCGAGCUGAUUUUGAAUCUUGGUGCAAAUCCAAAUAAGGAAAAUGUUGUUCAUCAACGAUCACCUCUCCAUUUUGCUGCUGAAGCUGGCCAUGCUGCUAUCCUAAAUAUAUUACUCAGCCAGCCCACUAUCAAACCAAAUCUAGAAAUUGCGCGGCAAACUGCCUUGCACCUUGCAGUCAUGAACAAGAAUGUAGAAUGUGUUCAAGUCUUGUUAGAACACAAUGCUAAUCCAAACAUUGCCAACAGUAAGGGACUGACACCGACGCACAUGGCUGCAAUAACAUCUCAAGAAGUUGUGAUAAAUCUCAUAUUUCAGAGAUCAAAGUGCCCCGCUGAUAUAGAUAGCUUCAAGGACUUUACAAGAAGAACAACACGCCAGGUUUUAGAGCAAACCUUUCCACAUAUGUCACUUCCACCGGUACUGGAUAGGAAAACGGAUGUCGGUGAUUUAAAAUAUUUUUUAGAUUGUAACGACGAAGAGAGUUAUUUGACCUAUGCAGAAGAUGUAGCAAUGACUCCUGAACAAAUUGCAGACAUGAUAAAAUUAGCAGCAAAACAUGAUUUGGCUAAAGUCAUCAAGUUUUUAAUUCGGCUUGAAAAUGAAGAGAAUCGGAUACUUCUAGCAGAGGCCGCUGAUAUAGCUGCUGAGAGAGGUCACUGCAAAGUCCUUGAGGAGUUAUUUGAUGGGGGAGCAGAGCGCAGCGGUAGACUUUUAAUCAAAGCUUGCCAAGAACUUGGAUCCCAUGCCGUUCGAGGAUCCGAUCGCGUGGCAUGUGUCAGACUGAUCUUAUUGAAACCAGUAGAUGUUCGUUGGGUUGAUGAAAAUGGAAACACUGCAUUGCACUACGCUGCUCGGGCAGAAUCUUCUGAAAUAAUAAGCUUGUUGUUGAAAGCUGGGAGUUACAUUGGUCACCAAAACCAUCUAGGAAUUCCUCCUAUAGCAAAUAUAUCACCUGAAACCAUGUCUCGAUAUUUGGACGACUGUCUGCAAACCAACAAGGAAUAUGCCGAUGAUUAUGAAGAUUAUGCAAUUGAAUUCAACUAUCAAUGCCUCGUUCCACAUGGUCUGGUCACAAACCAGGAUAGGGAGCAUUUACUCGAAAAAGGGCCCAUCAAUUACAAUAGAAUCAGCAUGGAGAUGCAACCUUUGUCAUACAUAGCCAACAGUAAUUUGCAUCAACAUUUGCUCAAGCAUCCGAUACUUUCCUCAUUUCUUUACCUCAAGUGGCAACGAAUCAGCCCAAUUUUGUAUGCUAACUUUAUUUUCUACGUAAUUUUUUAUUUUCUAUUGAAUGCUUACAUAUUAUGCAUGACCUGGAAUAGCGAUGAUGAUCCGCCGAGUGGAGAAACGGAUUUGCUUAAUAACAAAAGUAGUAAUGGUAAUAUCAAUGCUACCAAUUUUUCAGUAGCGAGUUUGCAACACUACAGUACUUUAUGGACCUUUACUACCAUUGCCCUAGUAAUUCUGAUACUCAGAGAAAUGCUACAGUUAAUUUCAUCUCCUUGGGAUUAUUUUCCCAGUCCUGAAAACUGGUUAGAGCUUUUAUUAAUUCUUUUAGGAAUAUCCUUACUUGGUGGAGCUGGACCUAAGGUUGGUGCAGUUGCAAUUUUACUUUCUGCCUGGGAACUUGUUAUACUAAUUGGACAACACCCUCGGAUGUCAACCGCAAUUGAAAUGUUCAAGACAGUAACGCUUAAUUUUAUGCAUUUUCUAUUUUUGUAUGCUUUUCUAAUACUUGCAUUCGCGUUUGCUUUUUACGCUCUUUUUAAAGAUGACGAAGGCAGCAACUUUCCUGAUCCCGGGCAUGCUCUUUUUAAAACAAUCAUCAUGUUGACCGGUGAAUUUGACGCGGAUGAAAUACCAUUCCGAGCCCAGCCUAUAUUGAGUCACAUUGUGUUCAUCCUCUUUGUUUUUUUGAUAGCGAUAGUACUUUUUAAUCUCUUGAACGGCUUAGCUGUUAGCGACACAGCUGAUAUAUUAGGCAAAGCGGAACUCGUAGGUUUAAUUUCUAGGACGAAGCUUAUCGCCUACGCCGAGAGUGUAGUCGUUGGUUCACCCAUGAUCAAGAGUCGAUUGUGUUAUUUCUCUGGAAAAAAUUUACAGCGUAGUCAAAUGAAUCCACUGCGAUUUCUUUCGACAAAGAUUUUAUUUUUCCCCGACUUUAUUCCAGAGGCUAAAGUCAGAGUUAAACCACUGCGGUGCAAUACUGUGAUACCUCUUGGGAAAACGGAGCCAAAAAACAAAUGUUGGAAACUCAAGCUGGAUCCUGAUAUAGUUGCGCAAGCGAAAGAAAUUGUUUCAUCCAGGGGACGCAUUUCGGAUUACGAGAAAAUUAUACAUUCGUUUAAUCAGAGGUUCGAAAAACUAGAAGUAUUGUUGAAUCGUAUCAACCUUGCUGUCAGAGAAAAUAAUUGCAACAACAAUUACGAUGUCUUGGGUAACUGAAGACUACGGUAACAUACCGUACGUGAAUAAAUUAAAGUCUAAAUUCUAUACUGUCGAAACGUUUCAAGUCAGUAUUACGAGCUGUUGAUUUUUUUUUCCUUUUUUAUCAAAAAAAAAUGUUUAUCUUCAUUUGUUACAUUAUUCGUAAUGGAAAAUCUACUAUCUUUAAUGCUUUAAUGUUUAUUUAGUUGUAUGCCUAUAAUUUAAUCAUGGCUGGUUAGUCAAUUUUGCUGUCAUACUGUAUGGAAAUGAUUAAAUCAUUAAAUUAAUAUCAUGUCA